CGUUGACGAGAGCGCGCUUGUUGCUACCGACGCCAUAUGACCGACGCCAUGCUCUAGCAACAAAAUACGUCCGGGUCAAGAUUGUAGCCGGUUCCAUAAAAGCCAGCAUUUUGUUGCUGAGGAAAGGCCAGUGAAGAUGGAGGAAGAGAAACAUGCAAAGAAGAAACUCAAGAAGGGACAAACCUCCGUGCCUGAAAACCCAGACUGCUCUGUUGAUGUUGGGAGACAAACAGAGGUGAAGAAAGCGAAGAAAAACAAAAGAUCUGCGACAUUUGUUAUAGAAGUGGAGGAUCAAAGUUGUGAAACAGAGAGGAAGAAAAAGAAGAGCAAAGAAAGUGUCAACGAAUCACCGAAUGAUGCUUGUAGCUCUGAUGCCACAGGGGUCAAAAACAAGAAGAAACCAGUAGAAAUUUCACAAAGUUCAGUAAAAGAAGACAUAGAAAACCAGCAAAUAAGAGUAAAGAAAGGAAAGAAGAAGAACAAAGUACAAACUAAAGCUGAUAUUGUGACGAUAAACAAAGAAGAGGAAGAAGAACAGCAACCUGAAGAGAAUAAAGUGCCAAAGAAAGCCAAGAAAGUAAAAAAACUUAUUUUAGCUGUAAGCACAGAGGAGACUGUGGAGCAAAGUAAAGAAAAGAAAAAGAAGAAGAAGAAAUUGUCUGUGGAAGAAACGGCUAUAGCUGUUGUUAAACCAAGUAUAACGAAAAAGAAACCUAAAAUGGGAGAAAAUGCAUUUGAGUUAGAAAUAGUUGCAGGAGAGAGAGAGGAAACGGAAACGAAGAUAAAGAAAAAAGCCAAAACUGAAGAUGAUGAAAAUGGAAUAGAAACACCUGACAACAAAGGCAACAACAAAAAGUGCAAAGCAAAAAAGAAAGAAAAAGAAAAUGUGAUGGGUGAGAGUGAGACUAUUACGGAGGACGGGAAGACGGGGCUAAAGAAAAAAGGGAAAAAAGGAAAGGACAGAAAAGUGACAAUGGAGGUCAGUGAAGAAGAAGAGCUGGAACCGAAGAAAAAGAAGAGGAAAAAUGAAAGAUCACAGGAAAAAGAGCAAACAUUUAUCACAUGUGAAGAAAAUGAAGAGGAUGGGCAGAAUGGAGUCACUGUGGCAAAUGACACCAGCAAGAAAAUCAAAAAGAAGAAGCUGAAACAAGCGGAGAAUGAUGUUGGAGUUGAAACUAGUGCAAACAAGAAGAUAAAGAGGGAGAGCAACAAAGAAGAGGAAUCCCAACAUGGGGAGGUUGUGUUUCUGUCAGCAAAGAGUGGAAACGUUGAUGAAGUCACCAUCAACAAGGAGAGGAGACGGGAACUACAAAUGGAGAUUGACAAGGCUUCUCAGCCUGAAAAACCAGCUAAACCUUUGGGUUUGGGUCAGUGGAGCACGGCUGAGUUUGACAGCUCUGAGCAACAACACAAGUUCCUCCGCCUUUUGGGCGGCUUCAAAAAGGGUUUGCAGCCGGCUGCUGCAGGCACUGGUGGAGCAAGUAUGGCAAUGGGGAAAGACGCACAGCAGAAAUUAAAGCAAGGGCUUCUGGGACAGUUUGAGAGUGCUCAAUCCCGCAGAAUGGACUUCAAUAGCAGAGGGGCAGGACUUGGGUUUAGUGCACCGUCCAAUAAGAAGUUCUCCAUUGACAUCAAUGCAAGUCGAUCAGUCCACUUUGAUGACUGAUUGUUGAUUUAUAGACUGAGCUGUCUGCUCUGCUUCUGUGGAAGCAUAAAAUGUGUUUGAAAAUUAAGUCAAACACAAAAUUUCUACAUGUAUAUACUGUAUAAUUAACAUACAUGACAGUCAAAACUGAAAACAGUCUCCUCUUGAGAAUAUAAUGGAUUAUCAGUGGGUUUUGUUUUAAUCAGUUUAUGUAUGUAAAAUGUUCCUUUAACAAAGACAUUUUGAGUCAUAAAUGUACUUUAAAGUUAUAUUUUAGUUUUUCUGUUUGUCACUGAUAGGAUAGUGGUAAUAUGUAGUGCUUGUUUGUGUUUGAGGUAAUUUUCUUCUCGUUGCAAAGUAGAUGUGUACAUGUCUGAAGUGUAAAACAAUAUUUUUGUCUUAUUUUCAUGACAAGAAAAAAACUACUUGUCUUAACAGUU